AUGGCCGAGACUCUUGGGGCUGCAGCAUCGAUUGUAGGGAUUGCAUCGCUUGCGGGGCAGAUCUGCAGCGGGGUUCAGCAACUCUACGCCUUUGUAGACUCGAUCAAGCAUGCUCCGUCCGAUAUUCAGAACAUCAAAAAUGACAUUUUCCUUAUCGAGAGGGUCGUACGCCGCAUGGCUGAAGACUGUUCCGACCUUCCAGAGCAUCUUGACAUUGAUAUUCUCAAGUCCUCCUUUGAGCUGUGCCUGUCUCGCGUUAACCGACUGUUGACAAUCAUCCAAUCACUUGAUACCUCGAGUCAGAAGAAUCGAACCAUCAAAUUGGUUAAGGCGACUGUGAAGAAGACAAGGGUUGCCGAG